UUUAAAGUUGCAAUAGCGUGUGGAUUAAAUUGUUGCAAGUCUCAUCACAUGACCUCCCUCUUCCAACUACCCAUUUUUGCUCAUUUUGAAUCGUUUAAUACUGAUACAUCGAUUCCUCUACGAAUUUGUUUUUCUCCUGAGAUGUUCACACCAACGUCCAGGAGAUUUAAUUUAUUCUGGGGCACGCAGGGCCAAGGCAGUCCUGAAGUCUUGUCAAUCUUCAAAAUCCAAGCAGCCACGCUUAUCGCUUAAACUUUCAACAAAAUAUGGCAUUGUAAAACCUUCGCAGAAGUGUUUGACAGGCCUGGCUGCGUUCCGCUAAAUUUCAACUCGUCCCGCCACCAGCCCUCAGCAGCUUGUUGCUGGACGGGGAAAGAAGGGGGGCCAGGGACCGGCGCGGGCGGGGACAGAAGCCGGAGGGGGGCACUGACCCAGCCCGGGGGAGGGGAUGGGGUAGGGGUACGGACCCGGACCGGAGGGGGAGGGACAGGGACCGGGACCCGGACCCGCCGCCGGGGAGGGAGGCGGCAGUAGGGAUCGGUGCCGCCGUUUCCCGCUGGAGGUGAUGGACGAAAGGAAAGAAGAUGGCGGCGCCCACGUAGAGCGGAUCAUGGCGGACGCCUCAAGGUGCAAGCACAGAAAGCAGGCGAAUCCGAGGAGAAAGCACGGUGAGUCAGGUCGCAUUUCCACCCCCGUCUCUGUCAGGAGCUAAGGAACAAAUAUUUAUGAAUGAAGAUCCAAAUGGCUGUUUUAAAGAAGUUAGUGAAGAUUCUGCAAAGAAAGAAACGGUGUUUCAGGAUUCAAAGCCAACGAUCCAUGGCGAAGAGACUACAAGGGAAUCUGAUCAAAGAGGAAUUCUUCAAAUUGAAAUCAAGAAUGAAGCAGGCAGUGUAGACAACAGCAAAAAGCCAACCUGUGGGGAGAUGCAGGAUUUUAUCCAUGACUCAUCAAAGUACUCUGAUGCACAAGGAUCUUCAUCAGGUAUGGCUGGGCAGAAGAGGACUUUGCAGACCAAGGGUCAUUUCAGAAGCAUUGCUCCAAAAGUUAGUCCAUCACCAGUAAUGACACCUGCUUCUAUUCUCCCUCCAUCUGCUACCAUCAGUGGAAUUUCUUCUGGAUCCAACACCUCAUCAGAUAUUCAAGCCAGUAAAUUUCCACCAAAACCGAUCAUCAUGCCGGCUCGGAGCUAUGCGCUGAUGCCUGUUGCUGGUAAAGAAGGAACGUACUCACUUGUAGCCCUGCCACAAGUUUCUGCAGCUCCCUCACAAGCACCUUUAAAAGUUGACAAGACAAGUAUAACCUGUACUGGUCAGCCACAAGUUUCUAAAGCGUGUAGGUCUUCAGUAGUAUCAUUUGGAAAGACAAUACCUCAGGGUGCCGCUACUGAGAAGUUACCAAUACCACGAUAUCAGUCCGUGUGGGCCAAACCAGCCAUGAAGCAACGUGGAGCCUCAAAGCUAGCAGUGGUAAAGCCUAGUAAUCUUCAUUGUCUAUCAAGAGCGACAUCAGUACAGGUGCAACCAACUCCAAUGCCUGGACAUCCGCAAAUUCAUCCAAGUGUCGUAGCACCUAAAACAGGAUUGUUGGCUGAAGGUGACAAAGUAGCUCUUGGAGCAGCUGAUGCCACAGUUUCUGCCACGUUACCCCGAGAUGCUGAUGUGAUAUUUGGACACUCAUCCACCUCCAAGUCUGACAAAUUGAAAACAAGUGAAAUCAACCAACUAGUAUCCCUUACUGUUUCAACCAGCAUGAACAGAUCCACACUGAACACUGCAACAUUUAAAGAUUCAUUCAAAUCAAAGCCAGAUUUGCUGACAACAGCCUGCAGCCUUUCGUCUUGGUCUGUUGUCCAAUCAGACCAACAAUCCCCACUUAUCUCAAAGCAAAAUCGAUCUGUUGGUUCUUUGCCAAUAAUGCAGUUUGGAAAUUCUGUUCAGUUUAUUGCACCUUCUCCUGCUCCAAAAGGCAAAGUUCCCAUUUUACCCUACUCUCAAGUAAAACGUACCAUCUUUCUUAAUCCCAAACAAAAUCAAGCUCCCAUGGAACCAUCUACUCAAUUCAUGCCUAGAGUUCACACAGCAAAUUCAGGAAAUGAUCAGUCUACUGAUGUGCCUAAAAAUAUUUGUGUGGUUUCUGAUUUUCACAGGGUGGGUGCUCAGAAACCACGUAGUCAGCUGACAUUUAUACCGGCAGAAAGAGUUAGUCCACAUACUUCAAAAAAAGUGAUUAUAAAUAGAUUAAAGAGGCCAAGCAGCAGGCACAGAUUAGCAAGGAAAAGAAAAAUUACAGAAAAUGUGGCCAUUUGUAAAACAAAAAGGUUUCAGACCUGUGAUCUGAGCAAAGCACAGGAAGGUAAGGAGAAGACAAAAUGUGAUUCUUCUCAGGAAUGUGGCACUUUCAAAGUGAAAGAACAAAGUAUAAAAACAAUGACAAAUAAAAAUUCAGAUAAAACAGCAGCUGUGCUGAAAAAGUUUUGUAACAUCAUGCCAAAACCUGUGGCUGUUAUGCAAGCUGUAGCCCCACUGGCAUUCUCAGGAGGAAUUGUUGCAGUCCAGAACCAUGACAGUUUAAAAUCAGGGGCAGCCUCAAGUAGUGCAACAAUAAGCAAGAUUGGUAAUUUUGUGCAAGCUGCCAACACAUCUCCCUACUGCAGAAAUUUACCUGAGCACUUGGAUGAACAAGCAUAUAAAUGCAAUGUUUGUAAUAGAGGGUUUCACUUUAAACAUCAUCUUCAAGAUCAUUUGAAUAUUCACUCCAAGAGCAGGCCUUAUUGCUGUCGAAUUUGCCACAAGGCCUACAGUCACUCAGGCAGCCUGAGCACUCAUAUGAAACGAUGUCACAGUGAAUUAAGACGGAAAAAGCUCAUGUGCUGCGAGUUUUGUGCAAAGCUUUUUGGAAAUAUUGGAGUUUACUUUUUUCACCUAAAGGAAAUCCACAAGGUCUUAAUCAGCGAUGAGCCCUCCAACAAUUUGUUUAUGCAAAAUAAGAACAACCAAAGUGGAAAGACAGAACAGAUGGAAACCAUGCGUUGCUUGCCUCCAUCAGACAGAAAGCAAGCCGAAGGUGAGCAAUCAGGAGCUGAAGUAGUUGUCCCUGGCGCCCUGCAGAUAAAAUGUGCCCGUUGCCAGAUUGUUACCCCCACCUUCGUUGAUAUGAAACUUCACCUGCUGUGUGUUCAUGAGGAAGAGCUGCAGCUCAGGGUGGAAGAGGGAUCAGUAAAAGAGAAAAGCAGAUGCAUCAGUGGAUUUCCCAUUUGCUCCCGCGCGGAAACAGAACAAGAACUCUUCAAGCAUGCAGCAAACUACUGGAAGCAAUUUGGUGAGAAGAAGAAUCUGGUAAAGUGUGGUAUUUGUGAAGAAGCAUUCCACUCUUGUUUUAAGUUGAAGAAGCACAUGGUUUUGCAUUAUAAACAACAACUCAAAUUAGAGGCUGCAGAUUCAGCCGCAGUUCCAGCCGCAGUUCCUAAGGUUAAAAAACUUCAUUUCCUUACAAAUGUUGGAUUUAAUUGUAUAUUAUGUAAACAGAAAUGUGGGAGCAAAUCUGAACUUUUCAGGCACUGGCAAAGUUAUCACAAGUGCAAAGAUCCUGCUGUUCUAUGGACAGUCUUUAGUUCCUUGAUUGAACAUUGCAGAAUUGAUGAGGAGCAGACUGAGGUUUCACCAGAACACACUGCUGUCAGCACUGAACAUUUUUGCAGACACAUUGCAGAUGCUACAUCCUUAUGUGAUCUCCAUGAGGGGAGAAGAGUUGUAGAUCAGUGUAAGGUACACUUGAGCAACUGCACUGGUGGAACAGAGAAGUCUCUUGAUUCUUGCCAGCUAACAUGUCCAUUUUGUUCAAAGACCUUUUUCUGCACAACCUGCAGAAGUAGCAGCAGUGAAGAAGUUAUUUUUCAUCAAGAAGAUGUUGUACAUCAAUGCCCAAAGUGCCUUCUGAAGUCCCCAUUAACUGCUAAGGGUCUUGGAGCUCAAGUGUUCUGUACUUCAUCUAAACAUUGUGGUUGAACUUUAAGUGCUGCAGGAAUGACAGAACCUCUAAGGAUGUUGAAAUGGAAGCGAAUCAGAAGUGCCAUUCAAACCUGAAUUUUAAGUAACUCUUCAGUUUGUGAGCACUGACCCUCACAAAAAUAUGGCCGGAGGAGAGAAGAUAAUGGGUUUUUCAAUCAUGGAAAAACUACAGAGAGGAAGACUUGGAAUAACUUUAUACUGGUUUGUAGCUAAACAGUUUAUCUGGAGCCAUUGUUCGAAUUUGAAGUGUACUUAGAGAUUCUGAGAAAUGAGUGCGUAGUGCGUACACUCAUUUACAUGUACUUAGUUUGGCCCCUGUAAUUAGUUACACAUAACCCAAGGAAAAACAGUUAUAAUGUGUGUGAUGUUAAAUGUGGUGUGUCAGUAUUGUAGAGUACAAAUAAACCUAAAGGCUGUUGUGUGCAAUCGAAGGAAACAUUUUAGGCUCAAGCCAGGUUGACUUAUAAAUGGAACCAGACAUAAAUAGAUAAUAAAAACCAAGAUGGUGUAACUGCUGAACUUUUUUUUAAAGAAAUGUUAAUCUUGAAAUGUAUAUUUUCCUAAAUAUUUGUAUUUUAAGAUUUGCAGCAAAAAUUGGAAACUUAGAAGAGAAGAUAACAGGGAAGUCAAGCCCACUUUGUUUAUGUAAAUGGAUAGUUACUUUAACAUUUGAUUUCUAAAGCUCAAUCUUUUACUUUUGAAAAAUGCAAUUGUCAUAAGGAUGGCUAAUGUAUAAGAUUCAUAUAAUAGAGCUGAUGUGUUGUAAAUAUAAUAAUCCCAUAUUUCUUUAUUAGGUUAGAUUUUUAAUUACAUUUUGAAAUGUAUAGAGCAUUCAUUCCCUAAUGCAGCCAUUUCUUCUGCUUACUCACUUUCCACAUCAGCUGAAGUCACUGAGCCACACACAGCUUGGGAAAUGAGGUCAGGCAGUAGGUGGGCUGGAACACAUUGCAGUCAGUUUAGACCCACCACAUACAAACUGGUGGUCCAGUGGAGGUAGCAUUUUUUAUGCAGUUUUAUAUGAUGGGUUAUAGGUAGUUAUCAUCAUAAAAUGAGUACUUUGUACGACCAGUAAUGCUGGAAAAAAAAGAAACAUGGUUUCUUACAUAAGCUCUCAUUGCCUGUUUACCGUCUUUAGCCAAACCAUUGUAUCUCAGUCCAACUGAUUAAUUCUUUCUAUUGUUAACUUCACAUUAUUACUACAAAACUCAAUCUAUAUCUAGGUAAAAUCUACAGUGAUUUUAUUUUAUAAAAUGAAAGCUGAUGCAUCAUUUACUCAAUCUUUUUAAUGCAUAUUAGGAAAAUGCAAUUACAUUGUCUUUUGAUUAAACUCCUUAUGUAACCUGGAUUAUUUUUCUAAUAAAUGCAAUGAGUUGAGUAAGU